GGAGGAGUGCAUCUUCCUAGAGCGGCCCAUCUCCUGCUGCUCAGCCCCACUGUCUGUGUCUAUGGGGAGGAGGCUGCUGCCGCCUCUGCUUCUGCCAGAGCUUGGCUUUGGAAUUUCUAUUUGCCAGUUUUUUGUUCAUGGAUGAGUCUGGCAGAAGAUGAGAACUUUUUCACCUCAGGCAGAAUCCACUUGGGUGCAUUGCUCAGCGAGGGAAAAGUAAGACUCAGCUAGCCCUGAAUUAAGAAAAAGCUAGUGGAUGCUGGGAGCAGAGGAGAAUUCUGAGGAAAAGGAACCAUGCAGAAAAACCUGGGCAAAGAUCUGCUCAGUUCAAAUGCACAGUGCCAGCUCUUCAGGCAGCUCUGCUAUGAGGAGGCUCAGGGCCCUCGAGAAUUUUGCAAUCAACUCCAUGCUCUCUGUCAUCAGUGGCUCAAGCCCAAGGAACACACAAAAACUCAGAUCCUGGACCUGGUGAUCCUGGGGCAGUUCCUAGCUGUCCUUCCCCCGGAGAUGGAAAGCUGGGUGAGAGAGUGUGGAGUGGGAACCACUUCCCAAGCUGUGGCCCUGGCAGAGGGUUUCCUUCUGAGCCAGGCAGAGAAGAAAAAGGAGGAAGAGCAACAGGGUGUUUUUGUGGAAGAAGCCACUGACUUUCCUGAGGCAGAGAAAAUUCCCUUAGACCCCCGGCAGAGAGUGCUGUCCAGAUGGAUCUUGCAGGAAGAGGACAGAGAUUCCAUCUCAUUUGGAAAUGGAAGACUACCAGGACCAAAAUGUACUGGCUCAGCUAUUCGUUCUGACACUUUGAGAACAUAUUCCGCAAGCCUGGAUCAGGUGACCUUUGAGGAGGUGGCUGUGUAUUUUAGCAAGGAGGAGUGGGCUCUGCUGGAUUCAGAUAAAAGGGCUUUUCACAGGGAAGUCAUGGAGGAGAACCUGGCAAUUGUGGUCUCUCUAGGUGAUGGACUGGGGAGUGAAGAUGAAAGAGAACUAGGCAGGGAUUUGCUGCAAAGAGAGGAAUGUCAACAGAAGGAAGAGAAGGGAGCCAAAGCUGACACCGAAGAGAAAAAAAGGAAUAAAGCCUCUGCUUCUCAGUCUGGAGACAUCUGUGGAAUCUCCAUCCAAGAUGUAACAGGAAAGGGAAGUGGAAGGGAAAAAUAUAUUUCUUCUGAAUGUCAGAGGAACCUCAGUUGUGAAGGAAACCUUAACCUUCCCAGGGAAACACAUGCAGAAAGAAGUCACACAACAGACAAAAACUGUGAAUUCCUGAAGUGUGUAAAGAACUUUAGGUGGAAAUCACAUGUUAAGUCGCAUCAAAGAACUCAAACGGAGGAGAAGUCAUUCAGUCACUCAGAGCCUGGAAAAUUUUUCAAGUGGACAAUAAAACUCCCUGGACAACAAGCAACUCAAACAAGGGAGAAACCAUUUAAGUGCUUAAAGUGUCGAAAGAGGUUCAGUCAGAAGACACAGCUCAUUCGUCAUCAAGGAAUUCAUACAGGGGAGAAACCAUUCAAGUGCUUGAAGUGUGGAAAGAAUUUCUCUCGAAAGAAUGCUCUUACUUCUCAUCAAGUAGUUCACACAGGAGAAAAAGCAUUUAAAUGCCUGGAGUGUGGACAAAGUUUCACUAAGAAGAGCUACUUCUUUCGUCAUCAAGAAGUUCACACAGGAGAGAAACCAUUCAAAUGCUUGGAAUGCGGAAAAAGCUUCUCUUGGAAGGCAAAUCUUACUAAUCAUCAGGCAAUACACACGGGAGAGAAACCAUUUGUAUGCCUGCAGUGUGGACAAACUUUCAGGCAGAAGAACCACUUCACUCGUCAUCAAGUAAUUCAUACAGGGGAGAAACCCUUUAAAUGCUUGGAGUGUGGAAAGAGCUUCGGUUGGAAGAGAAGCCUCAUAUAUCAUCAAGUAACUCACACAGGAGAAAAACCAUUUAAAUGCUUGGAGUGUGGAAAGAGCUUCAGUCAGAAGACACACCUUAUUCGUCAUAAAGCAGUUCACACAGGGGAAAAACCAUUUAAGUGCAUGCAGUGUGGAAGGAGCUUCAGACACAGCACAGGCCUCACUUCACAUCAAGCAACUCACAGUGGAGAAAAACUGUAUAAAUGUUUGGAUUGUGGGGAAAGUUUCACUCAUAAGGCAAGUCUCGCUUCUCAUCAGGCAACUCACACUGGAGAGAAAUAUUUUAAAUGUUCAGAGUGUGAGGAAAGUUUCAGUCAGAAAACAGACCUAAUUUUUCAUCAAACGACUCACACAGGGGAAAAGCCAUUUAAAUGCUUGGCAUGUGGAAGGAGCUUCACUUGGAAGAGAAGCUUCAUUCGUCACCAAGCAAUUCAUACAGGAGAGAAGCCAUUUAAAUGCUUGCAGUGUGGAAAAAGCUUCACUCAGAAGACAAAUCUCACUUCACAUCAGUUAAUUCACACUGGGGAGAAACCCUUUAAAUGCCUGGAGUGUGGAAAGAGCUUCACUCAGAAGAAAGGCCUUACUUCUCAUCAAAAACCAUAUAAAUGCCUCGAGUGUGGAAAGACCUUCAACUGGAAGAAAAGCCUUGCUUGUCAUCAAGCUACUCACACUGGAAAGAAACCAUUUGAAUGCUUAGAAUGUGGAAAGACCUUCACACAGAAGAAUGGUCUGACUUCUCAUCAAGUAACCCACACAGCAGAGAAACCAUAUAAAUGCCUAGAGUGUGGAAAGACCUUCAGCUGGAAGAAAAGCCUUAUCUGUCAUCAAGCAAGCCACACAGGGACAGACCAUUUAAAUGCCUAG